AUGGUAGACACAUCUCAGCAAGCGGAAGCUGAAGCUUUCAAGAACCAGGGAAAUGAACAGUUGAAGAAGAAGAAUUAUGACAAGGCUAUUGAUUUUUACACAAAGGCCAUCAACCUUAAUGCUACUGCGGUGUACUAUGCUAAUAGGGCGCAGGCACAGAUCAAGCAUGAGAACUUUGGCCUUGCCUUAAACGAUGCCAACGAUGCCAUCCGGUUAGAUCCCGACUAUCUCAAGGGAUAUUAUCGAAGGGCCGUUGCUCAUAGUGGAAUGCUAGAGUAUAAAAAGUCUUUAAAGGACGUAGACACGGUUCUAUCACAUGCUCCUGGAGAUAAGAAUGCACAGUCGCUGAAGAAGAACUUAGCCAAAGUAGUCAACAGAAUCCGGUUUGAAAAGGCCAUUCAGGUUGAUGAGGAUGGAAAAAGUGUAUUCGACGAGAUAGACUAUGAGAGCAUGGUCUCUACUGAAGAGAACGGCCUCGAAUUAAAAAUUCAUGUGGAGAAUACUACUAAGGGAUCAUCUAAACAGAUAGUGACAGUAGAAAUGACUGAGAAAUACAUUGAGAAGAUGAUUGAAGUGUUUAAGAAUGGAGGAACUCUUCCUAAAAGGCAGGCCUACGCCAUUGUGGCAGCAACUAAGGAACUAUUCCAUAAAGAGAAGGCUCUCGUGGAGAUAGGUAUUCCAAGAAAGGCUACAGCAGAUUCAGGUGAGUUCCAGUACAGGCCAGUCAAGAAAAUAACCAUUUGCGGUGAUACUCAUGGUCAAUUUUACGAUGUUCUACACAUCUUUGAAACGUUCGGCAAGUUGAAUGAAGAGCAUUCUUACUUAUUCAACGGAGAUUUUGUCGAUAGAGGAUCAUGGUCAUGUGAAGUGGCAUUUUUGCUCUAUUCUUUGAAGCUUCUCUACCCAAAAAAUGUUUAUAUAGACAGAGGCAACCAUGAGACUGACGAUAUGAAUCAGGUUUAUGGAUUCCAAGAUGAGGUGAAGGCAAAAUAUACUGAUAGAUUAUUCAAGUGUUUCUCUGAGUCGUUCAACUCUUUGCCAUAUUGCACUUUGAUCGGUCAGGAGUAUUUGGUCAUGCAUGGAGGACUUUUCAGCUCUGAUGAUGUUACAUUGGAUGAUUUAAGAAAUAUUGAUCGGUUCAAGCAUAGGCAACCCCCUAAAGAAGGUAUCGAGAUGGAACUUCUUUGGACUGACCCACAGCCAGAGCCUGGAAGAGGUCCUUCUAAAAGGGGUAUUGGCCUACAGUUCGGCCCGGAUGUUACGAAGAAGUUCUGCGAUAGCAAUCAUUUGAAGAUGGUGAUCAGAUCGCACGAGGUGAGAGAUGGAGGAUACGAAAUCGAGCACGAUGGCCGUUUAGUAACCGUGUUUUCAGCUCCAAAAUACUGCGAUUCACAAAGUAACCUUGGUGCAGUGAUCAAUUUAACCUUAAAUGAUAAAGAGGAAUAUGAAGAAGAAUUCAAGACGUUUGAAGCUGUCUCUCAUCCAGACAUUCCCCCAAUGGCCUACUGCAAGAGCAAUUUAGGAUUUUAG